UCUCUUCUCUCUCUUUAAACACAGAAAGAAACCAAACCAGUCUUCCAUUUUGUCCACAAAAAGAACAAAUGGCUGCAACUCUCUCGGUCCGGUCCAACCGUCUCUCUCCAUCCGGUUCACCUUUCUCACGACCACCGGUUCACAAUCCCUCAAACUUAAAUCAAAUAAAAUCAUCAUUAAAAAAGGAUCCGUAUUUUUGGAGGGGAGUAAUUGUGCAACACAGGCGUAAUUUAGUGAGAGCAGGCUCAAGAGCCGAUGAUUCUUCGGCGCCGUUUGAGAUGUCAGUGGAGAGCGCACUCAAGCUUCUCGGUGUCCCAGACGGCGCGUCGUUCGAUGAAAUACUUCGCGCCAAAAAAUUAAUUGUUGCUACUUGUAAAGAUGACCAGGAAGCUAUUGCGCAGGUUGAAACUGCGUAUGAUAUGCUGCUUAUGCGGAGCUUGACUCAGCGCCGAGCAGGAAAAGUUGCAAGUAGUAACAUCCGUUAUGCUGAUGUUAAACCUGUAAAUGGCCCUGGGAUGGGAUCAAUGCCACAAUGGCUGCAGACUACAAUCAAGAAGACCCCUGUUUCCGUGGAAACGCCAUCAACUGGAGAGUUAAGCUUACAAGCAGGAGUAUAUGGAGCUUUGAUGGUUUUAACUUAUGUUAAUGGCACUUCCACACCUUCUGUGGCACCUUAUGCUGGGGCUGAUGUUCCUGGGCUGUUAUUAGCUACAAGUUUUGGUGCUUCCUUAUACUUCAUGACCAAAAAGAAUGUGAAAUUAGGGAAAGCCACUGUAAUAACCAUAGGGGGGCUUGCGGCUGGUGCAGUGGUGGGUUCAGCAGUUGAGAAUUUGUUGCAGGUGGACGUGGUCCCACUUCUUGGCUUACACUCCCCAGCAGCUGUAGUUAGCGAAUUCAUACUUUUCUCGCAAUUCUUGGUCUCCUUGUACCUUAGGUAGGGUUAAGAGGUGAUUGAAAUUGCAAUCAAUUUGUAAAACUUGUAAUUAUUUAAUUGCACGAGCAUACCGAGCUUUUUUGUUGAUUGUUGUACAAAACUAGCAAAUAGAAUGUAGCGACACUUCAGUUGACUUGGAAUUUGCUUGACAAUUACAAUGAUCUACACGGCUAUUUAAUAUUAACAAUUACAAUCCUUGAGGGAUUGUUGCCCUU